AGUACAGUGAGGUCGUUACGCCGCGGCUCCACGCGAAAAACCGCGCGUAUUCCUACAAUAGUUUACGAACAAACGGUUGUGCUACUGAACUUUUUGUUAGUGCUAUUUAUUGAAGAUUCGUUGAGGUCUGUGACAAUUUUCAGUUACUCGAUUUUGAGACUGGAUAUCUAUUUUUGUGUUGUGACUUAUUUUUGUAUGGAUUUCAUAGCAAUUGCGUGAUGGAUAGUGAGCUGAAUCGAAGUGAAAAUAAACAAAGAUGUGAGUUCACAUAGCUCGACUCGAGGUGCGGCCGGUGGAAAAUGUAAAAUGGCGUAUGUGCGCGUCGGAGCGGCACGGUCCAUAUCCCUGUGGACAUUAAUACUUGGAUGCUUCGAUAUAGCUGGUCUGACACCCGCUUCGAGUGUCACAGCCGAGUCUCUAGACAUGGUUAAAGUGUCAGCUGUGUCUGGCGGCGACGCGACCCUCCCGUGCGACACCCGCUCGCCGCAGCCAGCCGAUGUGCUCUUACUAGUCGUUUGGUAUAAAGACGAUGUUCCUAUUUACAGCUACGACGGACGAGUGAAAGGGCCAACUGCACACUGGGCCGACGACGUAUUAGCCGGCAGGGCUAGGUGGCUGUCCACAGCACCGUCGUCGCUACGUAUACGAGACAUCAUUGCAACAGACCGAGCUCUGUAUCGCUGCAGGGUCGACUUCAAGAUAUCCCCAACGAAAAACCACAAAAUCAUCUUGGACGUCAUAGAAUUACCAGAGAAGCCAAAAAUAUAUGAUGACUUGGACAAGGAAAUCGUCGGUGUGGCGGGGCCCUACAGAGAAGACACGAAUCUCAAACUUACCUGUGUUGUAAGUGGAGGUAGGCCGAUGCCUCGACUUCGUUGGUGGAGAGACGAAAAACUGGUGGCAACCCUAGAGCCACUAGAAGACGGAACGAGAAUAAGUAUGUUGGAGCUGAAUAUACCGAAGCUAACUAGGGAUUUUUAUGAAGCUGUGUACACUUGCACUGCGGAUAACACCUUGCUUGUACCUCCGCUGCGGGUCAACGUACAAAUUCAACUAUAUUUACGUCCACUCCUCGUCGAGAUACUAGCAAGAGAGCAGCCGCUAUCCGUGGGGCAGACAGCCGAAUUGACCUGCAGGGCAGUUGGGGCGAGACCACCGGCGAUGAUUACUUGGUGGCUGGAUAGUUCACAGCUAGCUAAAGAAGCUAUUCAGAAGGAUUCGGACGACCGCAACGAAACCGUUUCCGUACUGCGGUGGACGCCACAGAUGGGCCACAACGGGCACACGUUGACCUGCCGGGCGGCGCAUACGAUUCUCGACCAUACCACCAUAGAAACAAGCAUGAGUUUAAAUUUACACUACGUACCGAUAGUUAAAUUAAGACUCGGAUCAAAAUUGAACCCUAACGAUAUUGAAGAAGGCGACGACGUGUACUUCGAAUGCGUGGUCGAAGCAAAUCCACCGGCUUACAAAGUUGUAUGGGAACAUAAUGGUCAAAUAAUGGCACACAAUCAACGGGCCGGUGUUAUAGCUGGACCGGCCCAUUUGGCUCUGCAGAGUGUCGCCAAAGAACAAUCUGGAAGGUAUUCUUGUACGGCUUCAAACGUCGAAGGCGACGGUCGAUCAUCACCAUUCAAUCUCCAAGUUAUAUAUAAGCCAGUUUGCAAAAACCAACACACCAUGGUCGUCGGAGCUGCUAUCAAUGAACCAGCAAGCGUGAAAUGUGAUGUCGACGCGUUUCCACCCCCUAAGAACUUUCAAUGGACUCUCAAUAACUCUAUGGGCACUGUAGAUAUAGAACCAAGUAAAUUUACGGUUGAUAAUAUCGGCCGAUCAGUCCUCACUUACACAGCGACAACAGAAAGUGAUUAUGGAUCGUUAACCUGCCGAGCCACAAACAUGGCUGGACAGCAAAUGGACCCAUGCCGAUAUACUCUGCUCCCGGCCGUAAAACCGGAUCAGCCAUUUAAUUGCACCACUUUAAAUUUGACUGACGAUUCUGCUGAGCUUCGAUGUGUUGCCGGUUAUGACGGCGGACUCCACACCACAUACAUUGUGGAAGUAUGGGAGACAGGAAAUCUAAUAGCAAACGUGUCGUCAUCAGUUCCAGUUUGGAAAUUAGAUGAUCUUGGUUCAGGAAAAGCGUUAAAAUUGUACUUCUACGCACACAAUGCCAGGGGAAGAUCAGACAUCACCAAAUUAAGAGUGCAUACAUUGUCACGUUUAGCUUUACAUACUGAAGCGAAGACCACGGAAGUCCAAAUUGACAGGAAUUGGCUACUUGCGGCAAUCGCUGUGGCUGUUUGCGUGUUAGUUGCAACUAUAUCUCUGGCUCUUUGGGCAAGAAGAAGACAACAUAGACCAAUGCAGUAUGAAGCGCCGAUACAGACGGUGAAAGCGUAUAAAGGCUCCUUGCAUAGCACACAUCAUUCACCGCUCCAGCCGGACGAUAAGAAUCCUGACGUUGUACCUCUCGGCAAAGAUUUUCACUGCACACACGACAUCGAGCGACCUCCCGAGCCGCCCCCGUACGGCGCGGUGGUCUCUCCGCCGGUGGGCGUCUCAAGGAGUGCUCACAGUCUCCAACACGACGUGAGGUCGAAUACACCUCACACUCCGAACACACCGGCUUCUGAUGCUCAGAGCAUCGGAACGCUAGCAGAUGAUCGUCGCAGUGUUACAAGCGGUACACUUUCACGGCGGAGAGAAGUGGUCACAACGCGGACACCCUUACUAGCUAACGCACGGGAAAGCUGCGUCUAGAUUUACAUUAAUUUUCAGCCUUCAUAAAGAAUUUCCUUAAGAGUCGUCUAAGAUUUUGAAUCUAGAUAAUCUUUGUAGGGAUACUUGAUUGAGGCUCUUUGUAAAUAUGUACUUUGAAGGAACAUGUUUUCUUUUUUAUUGUAUACAGAAUGUUGUAAAGUAUUCUAACUAUUGUUACAAUAUUAAUUGACGUGUUAUAUUUAAAGUAAAUUCCCGUUGUAUCUGUUUGGCUGUUUAACCAUACACUAUUAGAUUUUUAAUAACUACAUAUUAUGUUUGAACGGUAAUUCAACAUUUUAUAAGAUUGGGAUGAGAUGUAUCUUUUGUUAAGGUAGAUAAGCGUAAAGCAGUGGCUUUGUACCAACCAUAGCCUCUUGAUAAGAAAAUCUAUAGAACACAUGUUCAAUUAUUCUGAUCAGCUUAGGAAAAAUAUAAAAUAAAAAUACUCUGUACACUUCUGUACAUAAACGACAUUAAAUUUCUAGAUGAAUAUUUAAAGUUUCUCCUAAAAUUUACAUCGAAUGUUAUAUUGAUGAAAGACUGUCUUAAAUUUCUUUUGGUGUAUAAAUAAUUUAAAAUAAACAUGU